GGUGAUGAUGACAUGAGAUAGUUGUUGUUACUGGAAGGCGAGCGAGGAGAGAAGGGCCUGGCAGCGACGCUCGCUUUCAACGGACACACACGCAUCGUACGGAGCUUUCCGUUCACGGGAGUCGCGGAGGAGCGAACAGCGGCGAUGUCGGUGAAUAUGGACGAGCUGAGACAUCAGGUGAUGAUCAACCAGUUUGUUUUGACCGCGGGCUGCGCGGCGGAUCAGGCGAAGCAGCUGCUGCAGGCGGCGCACUGGCAGUUCGAGACGGCUCUGAGCUCCUUUUUCCAGGAGGCCAACAUCCCCAGUCAUCACCAGAUGAUGUGCACUCCACGCAACACUCCCGCCACGCCGCCCAACUUCCCCGACGCCAUCACUAUGUUCUCCAAGCUGCGGACGUCUGAAUGCACGGGCGGCAGUGGAGCUGGCGCUUCGGCCCAGGUGUCUAUGGCAUGUUCUCCUCCUCCCCACGCCUCCGCACAGGGAUUCGGCUCCUUUUGGGCCUCCUCGCCCCCCAACCACCAGCCCGUCUGGCUGCCGCCGUCCUCUCCCACAGGCCACCACGCACUCCAUCACCACCACCAUCACAUGCACCAGCCGCCCACGUGGCCUCCCGUCUCCCAGCCCGCCAACGGCCAGCAGAAGCCCUUCAUUUCAGCCCUGCAUGGCCAGAGAUGAGACUCUGCGGCGGGGGAGAUGCGGGGAGGGCCGGAGAUGUAAAUUGGGGUGAAGAUGCACGGUUUAACGGGGCGGGAAUAUACUCACUGAGACUUUGGAUGGCCAAGGGGGAAAGACAUGGUACUCUUUCUUUCAGUUUUCUAAAGAUGAACAAUCUCUCUUCUUUCAGAGAUCUCGUUUUGAUCUUUUACCUAUUGUCGAUUUCAUUUCUGUCCAAACCUGGGAAGAACCACUAUGAGAAGAAAAAAAAAACGAUGCAAGUUAUUAAGAGAAAAAAAAAAAAGCCUCUUUUGUUUCUCUAUCCAACGACAGCGAAAGAACGCCACGGAGUCGUCAGCAGUGGACGAUCAGGACGAAUGUUUGUGUGUAAAUCUUCGUUCGUUUGCCGUAUUUGGACUCUCUCCUCCUCUGUAGCGCUGUGCCCACAACAAGCACUUGCAAUAAAACGGCUGACAAACUAUAAGACUGAAUCACAUAUCAUGGUGGUCGUGCCGUUCUGCAUCCCAGGAAGCAUCAGGAGGACAUUUCUGUAUAACCAGUGUCUAUUGAGUUCUUAACAGAGGCUGUUAUGAGAUGAUUAAUCACCUUUUAUUUGUUCGAAAUGCACAAUUUCAAGUGCGUUGAGUUGAAUUUAUUCAGAAUCAACAAAAACUAUUGCCCCAGGUAUAAAUGGAAAAAUCAGGAAGAGUUUGCAAUAAUCCUGGUCAGAAAGUUCAUUCUUGUUUGGUAAAUUCGCAACUUUUGCAUGUAUGCGGUUAAAUCAGGAAAGCUUGUUGUGUUUAAACUAAAAUCGUCAUGGAGGAAUACAGACUCGAGUUCAAAAGAGUUUUUUUUUUUUUUUUUUUUUUUUUUUUUUCACCCCCCCAAGAGCUAAAAAUGCUAGCAGACUCUUGUAAAGACCUGAGCGGUCUGAUGUUUAGAGGGAGGUCCAGCACAGCUCCACCUACCUCAGCUCCAGCCGUGGCCUGAUCCUACCUCCGGCGGCUGAAUGGGCUCCCUGUGUGAGCUGCUGCGACCGAGGGCUCAAAUACCUCACGCUCCCUGCCGAACGCGCUGUGUGAAAGCGAUGAGAUGUCUCCGUGGACGAGGACUGAUCUGGUGUCACACAUUGGCGUAUGUGUUGUACUGAUUGUAAUGUAAUCGAGCGGGAAGGCUGACCCUAGAUCAGGACAUUGAUUGGCAGUGGUUUUCUGAGAUGACGUGUUUCUUUAGUUUCGCAUGAUGUCACCUUCCCUUCAUUCGUUCAUCUUAGACAAUCACUUUUGCCAUCUUGAGGUUUGAAUUCGUGGUUUAGUAUGGACCUCAGUCAGGCUGGACGCCAUAUUUAAUGUGAAGCGACUGAAAACGAGGCUGUGAGGAGAUAAAUGUACAGUUUUUUUCAACAUCGUUCUGUUACAUUGGUCGUUUAGUUGACUUAACAUGAAAUAUGCCCUAAAAUAUUUUUUUUUGUUGGUCAAAAUAACUGUGAAUUAUUCAUAGCAAUUAAGCAAUAUUUCAUAAAUUUACAUUUCAGUUUAAGAAUGGAUUAAUGAAUGAUGCACACAGGUGUUUGUACUGCUUUUUCAUAUUGUAGAUUUUAGAAAAAAAAAAUAAUCACUGCGUGAAUGCUUAAUUCAGUGUCAGUUUAUGUGAGAAUGGAUUUAUGAAUGACCUACAAAAGGAGCUUGUUUCACGCGAAGUAAAUUAUUCAUAAAAGCAGUCUUUUGUAUUUCAACAUUAAUUUGAUGGGGCAAUUUAUGCGAGAACAAAUUUAUGAAUGAUGUAAAUCACUUGUUUCAUAAAGAAGGCAAAAAGAUCAAUUAUUUUGUCAUUUAUUGCGUUGAAUUAAAUAGUCCCAAAUUUAGCCAGGAAUUGAUUUGUUAACUAUUUACACAUUCUUAGUUAACAAGCAAAACAAAUUUGUGUGCAGAAAUCCAUUCUCUGUUAAAUCAACACUUUUCUCACGACCAAUUCGUAUGUAUUUUACAAGGUGGCUUAUUCGUAUGAAUUUGUACGACCUCAUUCGUAAGAUUUUGUAUGAUUUCUGUAAGCGGUAGGGGUGGUCAUGCAUACAAAAUCCUACAAAUUUGCCACCUUGUAAAAUAUGUAAGAUUUUUCACAAAACGUACAGAUUCAUACGAGUGAGAUUGCAUGCAUUCGUACAAAUUAGCCACCUAGUAAACUAGUGUACGAAUUGGCAUGAGAUCGGGUUGAUUAAAUUGUAUUGAUGAACUUAAAUGCAAAGAAAACAACUGCGAACUUUUUACUAUUUAAACUGUCCAUUCUAUGAACUAUUUACCCAAAUUCAUCCUGCUUGCGUUUAAGUUCACUGUUAUGAUUUAAACGUGACUGAAUUUACAAACUGUUUGUUCAUUCUCAAAUACAUUGUUGCGCACAAGCAGAACAAAUUUGUGUACAUAGUAUGUAAAUCCACUGUGUUAAAUUGUACUAUUUUGUUUUGCGAACUAUUUACCCAAAUUAAUUUAAUCGUGACUGGAUUUGCGAACUUUUUGUUGCAUUUGCGAAUGUUUAUAAAACCAAACUUUUUUAAAUUUUUGUGACAAAAUACAUCCAUUUGUACUGCCUGUUGUUGUCUGCUGAAUAAAUUCAAAGCUUCCUUCAGUUGUACCAACCUAAAUAUGGUGUCUAAUUCUAACUCGGGUCCAUUUUAAGCAUUAGCCAUUUUGAUUUAAUCAUAGAUGGCUAGGUAAUAGAUCAGCUUCUGUGUUUUGGGCCAGAAAAUGCAUGCGAAAUGCGAAAAGUACUCUUGGUUUUGGGAAAACGCCACUAGAACGAUAAUGGCAGAUAAUUGUUUGGUCUUCCGCCACAUCUGGUGGCUGUUGUUUGCUGUGUAGAAAGAAACUUAGCAUGUUGGUCUCCAAAGGUUGACGAUAAGUGUUUUGUAGCCAUCUGGGCAGUAGGUCAUUCCUGCCUAGACGAUUUCUGUUGAAGUGGUGCAAGAGACGGGAGUCUGAAGUCAAACGGCGGUGUCUCUGAUGUCAGUGUCUGGAGUCUGUCUGACCAGUGCCUUGUGAUUUUUGAAGUGUCUCCAUUUUAAUCAGCUGUCGCUCGGUUGGAUUCCCAUAGCAACAGGGCCAAUACUCUCAAAUGUCAUUCUCUGGAGCGCUAAAGGCACAAGCAUUGAUUGUUUGAACAGUUGCGCUGCCUCAGAUCUCAGACUGCCGUGAUUCAGUUCUUCGGGGACGUGUUUGUUUAGACUGUGGCUGUGAUGAUCAACAUACACUGAGUCAUCGAGAGGCAGGAAGACUGACCAGUUCCUUCAUCAAGAAAACAAGUUCAUUAGCGAACAACCUUUUGUAUCGAUUUCCCUUCUGUACUGUUUGUUCUUUUCCCUUGUUGAGAUUUGUAUUUAUAUGUCUGACAAAAAGCUAAGAUCUGAAACCAUUUUGGAGGUCAUUGUGUUUUUAUUAAGGUCAUAAUAAAUGAUUUAAUGACAA